UGAUUAGAUGUUGGGUUAGUGAAAAGGGAAAAUGAUUAAGAGUUAAAAAAGGUUAACUGUUAGAUUUGGGCUUAAAGAUUGGAUCAAAAAUGCUAAUGUAGUGAAUGUCUGAUAAGAAAAGUAAUUUUUUCUUCUUCUAUUCAAGGCUAUCAUUUUUAAACUAAUGUAUCAUCAUUCUUACCUUAUCUUCAUAUUCAUCAUCUAACUUUCUCUUUGCUAGCUUUUUCUCUUUCUUCUUCUCUUUCUCCUUUUCUCACUUUCUCACUCUUUCUUCAACUUUGUCUCAUCUCGGUUUUGUUGAUAAAGUGAGUCCAGACAUUAAGAUACCUUUCAUUUCAGCUUCAACUUUACGCCGAACUUGAUUCCAACCAACAAUUUUCUUAUAAUAGUUCUUCGAUAUUUCAAAUCUUAACCAGUUUUUGUUCAAAAUGUCUUUCACUUUACAAAAUUGUUUUCUAUCCUUUGUGCUUCUCAACUUUGCCACCACAAUUAAUGCUGUCCCUGUUACAGUUGUCGACGUGCUAAAUUCAACUUCUACUAAUGAAACUAUCCCUGAUCCCGUCAAUAUUAAUGGUUCUGUGGCAGUUUUGGAUACUACUUUACCACCAGUUGAGUUGACAACAACCGCAGAUAUGAUAAAUUUGAGAAAUGCUAGAUCGGAGGAAGAACCAGUUAAGUUGAGCUCAGAAUCUCCAAAUAGUCCAGAUCAAGUAAAAAACAAAUCUUCGGCCAUUCAAUUUCCAAAAGAUGAUGUCAUAGAAAUUUCGAGUGAUGUUACUAACACUUCAGCUUCGUCCUCUACGCCAGUUGAACCAGUAAUCAAGUUAGCUAUUACCGAUUCAAUUAGAAUGUCUGUUGAAGAAGUGGAAUCUGCUGGUGCAACCACUCCGGGUGUAGUUGGAAUGUCAUCAACAUCUUCGUCCACCAAAACUGAUGUCUUAACUACCCAAAAACCUUUGACAACUACCGCAAAUGCUACUGGAAUUAUCUCUUCAUCUAAUUCUUCAGUCGUCGAUUCCGAGAUUAGGGUUGGAAGAUCUCAGUCAGAAGCAGUCGAAGAUGCGACUAAUGCCCAAACUCUUUCUGCAUUAACCACUUUAUCCUCGAUUAUCAAUCAAACAAGCGUUAAUGAUUCACUUUCAACUGUCGUUUGAUGGAAAAGAAAAUAAUAUUACUAUAUGCCUUGAAGUCAAUUAUCUAAAUUAAAAAUUUCUCACCUUAAUUGUAGGUAGAAAAGUUUUUUAACCAAGAAAUUGUCAAGUGGUUCUUGGAUUGUAUUGAUCAAAAGUUUAAAUUCAGCCUUUUGGUACUCUAUUAGUUAAAGAGACAAUUAGGGAUGACAUUGACAAUUUUCUGGUCAGAAAAUUUCAUAACAAUCUAAUCAUAUUUUAUUUAUCAUGUUGUGGAAUCAAUUUUUGCUUAAUUCAAUGAAUUAGAUCAACUAAUUCGUUUUGUUAAAUUACGUAUCGCCCAAAUACUGUGUAUUACCAAAUUUCAAAUUGAUCUAAAGAAUCUAUUUAGAUUGGCACUUAUCUUUAAAAAAUUUGCUUCAAUAAAAAUUUAAUUUCUCUUUU